AUGCGUCCUACACUUCUUACAGCCGCCCUCGCGGUGGCUCCAGCCAUUGCCUACCCUGGAAUGGGAACACCUGAGCAGAACAAACAGGUACGCGCCGCCAUGGCCGCUGGCGAAAACUACCACGACAAGCUCGUCCGCGACAUUACCCAGGCAUCUGCCAAGAUCAGGCAGCCUCGCCAGUGCGGUAAGCGCUGCGAGGGAGACGCCGAGGAGACUGACCAGGAUGGAGACGAGGAGUUUGACGGCAACGAUGGCGGUCGUGAUCCCGACGAGAACCACCAGCUCGACUCUCUCGAGCUCAUCGGUGACCUGAUCGGCAUGCCCAACAACAAGCUCUCCAGCACCGGCUUCGCCAUCAAGGAGCUGCUGACCACGACUGGAGGCGCCCCAGAGAGCGGCGAAGCCUACCGCGAUGGCGAGCUGGCAGCCAGGGGCACUCCUGCCUGCGCCAAGGACACGUGCUGCAUCUGGAAGUACAUCGCCGACGACAUGGUCCCAACAUUUAGGGGCACCUCGGGCCGCUGCACGGAUCUGGCCCGCGCCGCCAUCCGCAUGGGCUUCCACGACGCAGGUGGCUGGUCCAAGAGCACCGGCCGUCUUGGAGGUGCCGAUGGGUCGCUGAUCCUUGCCCCUGAAGAGAUUGAACGAUCCGACAACCGUGGUCUCGAGGACAUCGUCGCCCAGACCAAGAAGUGGCAUGCCCAGUACUCGAAAUACGGCGUGGGCAUGGCCGACCUGGUCCAGUUCGCCGCCAACGUCGCCACCGUCGUCUGCCCUCUCGGCCCGCGCGUGCGCACCUUUAUCGGACGCAAGGACUCGUCCGUCCCAGCCCCCAAGGGCCUUCUCCCCCCCGUCGACGGCAGCGCCGAUUUCCUGAUCGAGCUGUUCCGCAACAAGACCAUCGAGCCGCACGGCCUGACCGCCCUGAUCGGCGCACACACCACCUCGCAGCAGCGAUUCGUCGACCCGUCCCGCGCCGGCGACCCGCAGGACAGCACCCCGGGAGUCUGGGACAUCCUCUUCUACCAGCAGACCCUGAACCAGACCGUGACUCCGGAGCGGGUGUUCAAGUUCCAGUCCGACGUGGUGCUCUCGCAGCACCCGCUCAUCAAGCAGGAGUUCAGCCUGUUCGCCGCCAAGGACAAUGGGCAGUCGCACUGGAACUUUGACUACGCUCGCGAGUACAUCCGCCUGUCGCUGCUGGGCGUCUACAACAUCAACAACCUGACCGAGUGCACAAAGUCGCUGCCGCCAAGGACCAAGACCUUUACCGCUCCCGACGAGGACCUGAUCAAGAACUGGCUGGAGGGUCGCAAGGGAGCCGUUGCCGAUGCGGCCAAGAAGAUCAUGAAUGGAGACAGCCUCAACGGUAGCAAGGGGGUUUUGGGACUCGUCACUGGUGUCUUGGGUAAGCUCACCGGUCGGCGCCUGCACGGCAAAGCUCCUGUCAGGGCUGACGACCUGUCCGUUGGGAAUGUCACGGUCGGCGUAGCUGGGGAAGGCGAUGAGCUUGUUGGCCCAGUCUGCGACGCUCCAGGUGGUGAAGCCGUUGCCCGCACCGAACUGGCCGCUCCAGCCGCUCGAGACCUGGUAAGGGCCGCAGACGACACCGUUGACGCUGGUCUGCGAGGCCAAGGACGCCGCGUUGACUUGGUAGCUGCAGUUGGUGCCGUUGAGGCCGAACUCGACCUGGCAGACCGUGUCGGCCGAAUUGCAGGUCCGCUUGAAGUUGUUGAUGGUCCAGGUGGCCGCGGUGGUGGAGACUGGGGCGGCGGCGGCGGUGGAGGCCAGGAGGGUGAUGAGGGUGGUGGUUGA